CUCAGCAUGCAGUUGCGAUUGCUGCCUUGGCUCUGCAUCCCCUGUGUCCUGGUUAUUUCGCGACCCUUACCCAGGGACCCGAAUGCUCUAGAUGUUCACAAUUGGCGCCCGAACAGGGACCCUGCUGGAUUGACAGGAAGGAAUCCCGCCGAAAGAGAGAUGGAAUGAAACCAUUCAGAACGACAAAUUGAUGUCCUGGGGUGAUGGCGGAAUUGCUGAUCCACGCUUGGCUUCAGUGCAGUACCCUCAUCAUUUACAAACACAUUUAUGGAAAAUUGCUGCUGCAACUAAACCUGUAACUUUGUCUAAUGGCUCUUUCUCUGGGACUAGUCAAUCUGCUGCUUCUUAUAAUUUUACUAUAUUUAAAGAAUAUAAUAUAACCACAUGUGUGCCCAUGCCAUACCUGUUCUUAAUUGGAAAUGUUACUUUUGAUGAGGGAAUUUUAUGCUUUAAUUAUAAAUUGUAUACCUGUAUUAAUACAUCUGUUUCUAUUCCUUCUGGUUAUUCCAUUGUGCUGUUACAACAGCGCUCUCACAUUUGGCUUCCUGUAAAUUUACAAAGACCAUGGUCCCAAGAUCCUGUAAAUACUUUGGUUUCGGAAUUAUUUAGACAAUUGUUAAAACAUACUAAACGGUUUGUGGGAGUUGUUGUUGCUGUAAUUCUAAGUCUUAUUGCAGUGACUACAGUUGCUACAGUUUCAGGGAUAGCUUUACAUACUUCUUUACAAACAAAACAUUUUGUUGAGGAAUGGCAUAAAGAUUCGCAUGAGUUAUGGCUAUCCCAGACUCAAAUUGAUUCUAAACUUCAAACUCAAAUAGAUAUUUUAAAACAGACAGUUAAUUGGUUAGGAAAAAAGAUACUCACCUUAGAACAAGAAAUUAGAUUAAAAUGUGAAUGGAAUUCAACUUCUUUCUGUGUAACUAAUAUACAAUAUAAUCAAAGCUUACGUGAAUGGAGUAUCAUACAAAAUUAUCUCCAUGGUAAUGAUACAGCUCAAUUAAUGAUUGAUUCUUUACAAAAGGAUAUAUUUGAAAUUUUGGGAAAAGGGUUUCAACAUGAUGCUGCUGCACAAAUAGCUGAAUUGUUUUUAAAACAGUUAGAGGGAUUAGAUCCCAAAGGAAUUGCUCAAAGUCUUACCCAUACAGCUGGAGGAGUGGGAAUAGUGUUAUGCUUAGUUAUUAUCCUGUUUAUAAUUAUAUAUUGCAUGUGCAUAAGACCAUCUCAAAACUCUAUAUUAACUUUGUGGAAAGCUGUUUUAGAAAAACAAAAGAAAAAAGAAGGAAUUGUUGGGGUUUAAGUGUACAGAGUUUAGCUCCCUCAGGCCUGACAUUUUGCAAGAGCUGUGGCUAUGAUUUAGGUCAGCUGAGGCAAACCUCAGUUAGGAGGAGGAAACGUUCUCUUCCCCUUAUCGUAAGUCACAAGUUCUGCAUGGUUUGGCCAAGAGGAAGAAGCUUCCUGCAUACUUAUCCUGGGAACAGUACAUUCUAAAGAAACGAAUGCAUCCUCAGGGGACUAGAUAAUGUCUACAAAGAACUUUAGGAGGGCACUUAUCAAACAAAAAGGAACAGUCUGAAUUUAGCUCUUGUAUCCGCUGAGGCAUGAUAUUUGGACA